AAAAUGUAACUUCUGCAGAACAGUGUGCAUUUCCUGUUUCUUCAUAUCAGGUAGAGAGCUCUGUUGUGCCUCUACCAUCAGCUCGUCAAGGCAUGUCAGCAUGUGCUUAACUCCAGCAUCACCAAUUUGAGCCUCCUAUCCUUCCACGUCUUCUACUACACUUCCCCAUCAGUGAGAGUUGGCACCAUGAUGUCAUGGUAUAACAAGGUGUAUCCUGUUCUGUUGUGGAGCCUGUUUCUGUUGUAUUCUGAGGGAUCUCAGAACUUCACACUCACAGAAGACAGAGGCAGUAAGAUGAGAAUCAAUACAGCAGUAACACAAAAGAGUGGUUCUUCUAUGGUGGAAACCCAUACGGUGAUGAACAACAGCAGUACCCGUGAGUUAGGUGGUGCCAUUACUGUGGGUGCUAACACCUCAGAGGCAACCAUGAUGACCAGCUUGGGUCCAACCCUUUCUCCCUUAGCAAUGACCACCUCAUCAGGUACAACCCCAUCUCCCCUCACCACCAACCAACCCACCAGCCAGACGUCCUCUUCCCAUGGGCCAUCUAGCACAUCUGACCUCUUGUCCACCACCACUCCCAACUCUACCAUCUGGUCCUCCAUCACAGAACUUAACACAACAUCUGAUGUGUCCACCACCACUGGGCCCUCCUCCAUCUCUGGACCUUUCUCCACCAAUGUCUCAUCCUCCACCCCAGGGCCUAGCUCUACCAUUGUCUCAUCCUCCACCCCGGGGCCUAGCUCUACCAUUGUCUCAUCCUCCACCCCAGGGCCUAGCUUUACCAUUGUCUCAUCCUCCACCCCAGGGCCUAGCUCUACCAUUGUCUCAUCCGCCACCUCAGGGUCUAGCUUUACCAUUGUCUCAUCCUCUACCCCAGGGCCUAGCUCUACCAAUUUCUCAUCCUCCACCAAUGAGACUUUCUCAACCACUUUUCCACCCAUCUCAACCACUGACAAUUCUACCAACUCCUCUUCUGGGGUCCUGAUUCCCAAGAUGAAAACAGAGAAAGUCCCCAUCUUGAUCACCAAGACAACGACCACCAUGACAACUUUACCUUCUGAAAAAGAUCCAUCAGGGGGAGGGGGUCUGCCCUGCUCUCCUACCCGACGGGAUGGUCUGGUGAGCCAGUGUCUGAUUGCCAUUGCCUCCCUGGCUGCAAUGGCCACCUUCUUCAUGGUCAGCUGCAUCAUCCUCUGCACCAAGUAUUCCUCCAGGAAGCAUCGCUACAGAGUGGGCACAAACAAUCAGGGCACAGAGAUGGUGUGUAUCUCUGCCCUGCUCCAUGAUGACAAUGGUCCCCAUUGGAGACCCCACAUCCCCAAGAGCAACGGAGCCCUGCUGCCUGGAACAGAGUUGGAUAGUGACGAGGAGGGGGGAGAUGAUGUAACCCUCCACAGCUUCCUCCCAGACAAUGAGCAACGAGUCUAGAGUGUAGAUAUGCAGACUGUGUCAGGCUGUGUCACACUCUGUGAAGUGCGAUAUGGUCCAAUUACACAGGGUACACAACUCCAAGCCUGAAGGUUAAUGGUCAUCCCAGCCAUCUUAAAGUUCAUCAAGGGAAAGGAUUAAAAACAGAGACUGUGGGGGCGUAUAAAACCUUUGUAGUUUUCCUACUUACUCUGGGUUAAAUGACCACUUUUUUUCAUUUGAUGAGACUUUGAAUUGCACAUCUGACUGGUCGACUGCUGUCAAUAUACAAACGGUUGCUCUUAGAAUAUAUUUCAGCAUCCUCUUUGAAGUUGUUGGUUGGGCCUCGCUGCACAUCCAUCUACUGCAACCAGUAGAGGAAGAGACAGAAACCACAAAUGGAGAACCAAUGAUACGUUACUUUAUUGUGACAUGUUUACAGCAAACAGUGACAAAGUUUGGAGAAGUCAGGUGAUGAAUCAUCCUCAAACGUAAUGCAACCCAAUGCAGCCUCUGAGUAGUUCUGAGUGAGAUUGAGUUUUUGCACCAUUGCACUGACAUGAUUUUGUUGAUAGUGAAGUUCCCCUAAUAGGAUGAGAACAGUGAUGUAAAAAAAGGUUUGCUACACAGACAGUUUAUUAGAGAGAUUUAGGAUUCUACAAUAGAUUUAUAGAUCUGGAAGUAAAGUUCAUGUUAUUUUUUAAGAGAAUAAUUCCCGCACAUACACACUUAUAGAUCUCUAAGAAAACCUGGACUGCUUAUGAUGACCCACUGUUUGUUUGGUCUCUGGGUGGAUGGGGCUAUUUAGAGUUGUAUGUGGUCAAAAUCUUAUAGCCUUCAAUGUUCUGAGUGGAAAUACAUGAUACAAAAAAAAAACAUAUUGUGCAAAUCACAUUAUUUUAUUUUAUAUAUGCUUCAGAAAAUAUGUAUCCUUGUGAGCAAUUUCAUUUAUUUGUUUUCUGCAAAAAAGCUUGUUCUUCUGGAAGUCUUGUUAGGUCUUGAUAACAAAACCAUCUGCCUUGAUGUACAGUGAGCCAAAACAUAAACUGUAUGAAGUAUAUCAAAUAUGGUCAGGGUCAAGCGAAUGUGAGAUGUAAUGAAAUGUCCUUUACAGGGUGUUAAAUAAGUCUGUAACCUUCUGUAUUGAGUGUCUGUGUAGAAAGUCCCAGACAUUCGGCAGAUGUUUCUUGUGUCCUUGUCUUGCCAUAAUAUGUCAUAAUAGAAAGAUACAGUAUCAUCGCUAAACCCAGACCCCCCUUCAAACCUUUCAAGCCCUCAGAUGUUUGACUUGUUUUUUACUUUUUGGGGUCUUCCCUCCGUGUGAAAGAGGGACAGGUUUCCUAGAGACACCACAUGUCUGUUUAUCUCUGAGUCCAGUCAAACACAGUGAAGAGGCUCCACAACUUAACUGAAAAAUUGAUCACAAAGGACUGGAACAAAUGAAUAGAUCAUAACGAAACUGUAAAGAAAUGACAAAGUGAUAUUAAACAAUGGGCAGCUGGCUAA